UACGACACAGGAAGUUCCGCCCCGAGAUCGACUGGUGGUAAAUUGUUGUCAUAACAAGCAAGUGGCUAACGCUAACCCUUGCUAACAAGCGAUCAAAAUAGGUUUGGGGUGUAUGCGUGUCCCAGUCUGAGAGGAUGGAGCAGUGUGCCUGUGUGGAGCGUGAGCUGGAGAAGGUUCUCCAUCGCUUUGUCAUGUACGGUCACCAAUCGGAGGAGAGGCUGGAUGAGCUCUUGAGGAGCGUCUGCGAGAUACGGGGUCAGCUCGUUGCGUUCGGGGUACAAGAUGGAGACCUAUCGGUAUUGUCUCAAACUAUGGCACAGUGUUGUAAGAAUAUCAAAGAAACAGUCCAAAUGCUUGCAUCUCGGCAUAAGGACAUCCACGGCAGCGUUUCAAAAGUAGGGAAGGCAAUCGACAGGAAUUUCGAUGCAGAGGUAAGCGCUGUGGUGGCAGAGACAGUGUGGGACUCACCGGAGAGACAGAAGUACCUGAGCGAGACCAUUGUAGAGCAUCUAUACAGGCAAGGGAUGCUCAACGUAGCAGAGGAUCUCUGCCAGGAGUCUGGAGUAGUCAUAGAUAUGAGCAUGAAGCAGCCUUUCUUGGAGCUCAACCGGAUCCUGGAGGCCCUGAGAAUGCAGGACCUCAGACCAGCACUGGAGUGGGCCGUGACAAACCGCCAGCGCCUCCUGGACUUGAACAGCAGUCUGGAGUUCAAGCUGCACCGCCUGUACUUCAUCAGCCUGCUCAACGGGGGCAUCGGCAACCAGCUAGAGGCGCUGCAGUACGCCAGGCACUUCCAGCCCUUCGCCUCCCAGCACCAGAGAGGUGAGCUGAGCCCGAGCCCCAGCCCAUCCCAGCCCUCACUGGCUGACCCCGGUAGCACAGGGCUAGACAUCCAGAUCCUGAUGGGUAGCCUGGUGUACCUGCGCCACGGCAUCGAGAACUCCCCCUACCGCACCCUGCUGGAGACCAACCAGUGGGCGGAGAUCUGCAACAUAUUCACCCGGGACGCCUGCGCUCUGCUGGGCCUCUCAGUGGAGUCGCCCCUCAGCGUGAGCUUUGCGUCAGGAUGCAUGGCCUUGCCAGUGCUGAUGAACAUCAAGCAGGUGAUCGAGCAGAGACAGUGCAGUGGAGUGUGGACACACAAGGAUGAGCUGCCUAUUGAAAUCGACCUGGGUAAGAAGUGCUGGUACCACUCUGUGUUCGCGUGUCCUAUCCUCCGCCAGCAGACGUCCGAGAGCAACCCGCCCAUGAAGCUUAUAUGUGGGCACGUCAUCUCCAGGGAUGCCCUCAACAAACUCACCAACGCUGGGAAAUUGAAGUGCCCCUACUGUCCGAUGGAGCAGAACCCGUCGGACGCCAAGCAGAUCUACUUUUGAUCCCUCUGACUCUUUUGUCACAAG